AUGAAGGGCUUGGGAGACAACAGAAGCCGCCACCUCUCCGAUAACCUGGACUCCCCUCAAGACUCUCUUUAUGCCCCCCAGGACAGGAACCCUUAUCUUCUCAGCCCCACCGACUCCUUCACCAUGGACCCCCGAUUCCCAGCCCAGAACACCCUCCAUGGCGACUGUCUCCUCCCACUCAACAACCAGAUCUCCAACAGCAGCACCUUCCCCCGCAUCCACUACAACUCCCACUUCGAGGUCCCCGAUGACAACCCUUUUCCCAGCCAUGCCCAAGCCACCAAAAUCAAUCGCCUGCCUGCAAACCUCCUGGACCAGUUUGAGAAGCAGCUGCCCAUCCACAGAGACGGCUUCAGCACCCUCCAGUUCCAGAGGAGCGACGCAAAGCACCGCAGCGAGAGCCCCGGCCGCAUCCGGCACCUCGUCCACUCCGUUCAGAAGCUGUUCGCCAAGUCCCAGUCUCUGGAGGGCCCCACCAAAGGCAACGUGAACGGCAAGAAGGGGAUGGACGACCCCAAGCAAAACCGGAGGAGCAAGAGCAAAGACCGGGCCAAGACCUCGGAGCCCAAGCGCAGGACCAGAUCCAACAUAUCGGGCUGGUGGAGCUCUGACGACAACCUGGAUAGCGACACCUGCAGCUACCGCAACCCCAUGGGGCUGAUGACACUGGGCCGGCAGCCAGACCACAGCCAGCCCAAGUACUUCAUGCACGCCUACAACACCAUCAGCGAGCACAUGCUGAAAUCCUCCAAGAGCAAUAACGACCUCAAGGUCACCCCUUGCACCAAUAUCCCCAUCAACAACGACUCCAACUACAUUAAGAGGGGCUCCUGGUCCACGCUGACGCUCAGCCAUGCCCGGGAAGUGUGCCAGAAGGCCUCUGCCACCAUCGACAAGGCCUUGCUGAAAUCCAAGUCCUGCCAUCAAGACUUGGCCUACCACUACCUGCAGCCUGACGGAGGGCUGUGGGCGCAGCUGGGCGGCACCGGCCCGGCGGGCAGCUGGGCGGCCGCAGCGCUCGGCUGGGAGGACACGGCUGCCGGCUCGCCGCAGCCCAGCCAGCCCCCGCGCAGCUGGGACCAGCCCCUCAGCCCGGGGCCGACCGACGCAGGCAGCGCCCAGGUGCCUCAGGGGGAGUGGAACAACACACUGUCUCGGGACAAAGACAGUGAGAUCCCGUGCCGGCGCAUGCGGAGCGGGAGCUACAUCAAAGCCAUGGGGGAUGAUGAUAGUGAAGACUCAGAAACCAGCCCCAAACCAUCCCCAAAAACUGCAGCUCGGAGGCAGAGUUACCUCAAGGCCACCCAACAGUCCCUGAGUGAGCAGAGCACCACACAAAGGAGCCUGGACCGCCUGGACUCUGUCGAGAUCCUCCUACCUCCGAAGUUCCCAACCUGGGAGGAAGAAUACAACCAGAUCUCCGACAGCGUCAACGAGUCCAGCUGCAUCAACCAGAUCUUUGGACCCCCCUCACUUAUCCCUCAGAUAUUUACCCAUGGAGAGCAGGCGCCAGAGCCGGAGCUGGGCGAGCAGUACGAGGCCGUCUGCGACUCUACCUACAGCGAGGCCGAGUCGGCCGCCGCCGAGGUGCUGGACCUGCCUCUGCCCAGCUACUUCCGCUCCCGCAGCCACAGCUACCUCCGCGCCAUCCAGGCCGGCUGCUCCCAGGAGGAGGACACGGGCUCCGUGCGCUCCCUCUCCCCGCCGCCGUCGGGCAGCCUCAGCGGCAGCAGGACACUGCCCACCAACAGUUCAUCAUGCCUAGUGGCAUAUAAAAAGACCCCACCUCCCGUCCCACCCCGGACCACAUCCAAGCCGUUCAUCUCUGUCACUGUGCAGAGCAGCACCGAAUCGGCGCAGGACACCUACCUGGACAGCCAGGACCCCAAGAGCGAGGUCACCAGCCAGUCGGGGCUCAGCAACUCCUCGGACAGCUUGGACAGCACCAGGACACCCAGCGUGACGCGGGGCAGCGGCGCGGCGCCCGCCAGGGACACCCCCGAGCUGCCCCAGAAAAAUGCUACUCUGAAGAGUGACAAAGGGACUCUGACUAGUGAAGAGCCAAAGGUGGAGAAUAUCCCCAAAAGAAAGCUGUCGUCCAUAGGGAUACAGGUUGACUGCCUUCAGCCAGUGACUAAAGAGGAGCCUCUUCCACCAGCCACCAAGUUCCAGUCCAUUGGGGUGCAGGUAGAGGACGAGUGGCGAAACAGCCACUCUCACAGCAUGUCCUCCAAACAGGACACAGACUCUGACACACAGGAACCCAAUAACUCUAGCUGUAAGUCAUCUGAGAGAAGCCUUGCUGAGUGCCCCCAACAUAACAACUCUGUCGGUGUUGAUACCACUACCAGGCAACCAGCCAAGCCCUCACAGAUUAAGAGAAACCUCUCCUAUGGAGAAAACAAUGACCCAGCCCUGGAGCCUUCCUCCCUUCCUCCUCCUGACCCCUGGCUCGAGACGUCGUCCACGUCGCCGUCGGAAGCCCCGCAGCCCGGGGCCUGCCGGCGGGACGGCUACUGGUUCCUGAAGCUGCUGCAGGCAGAGACAGAGCGGUUGGAAGGCUGGUGCCGCCAGAUGGACCAGGAGACCAAAGAGAACAACCUCUCUGAAGAAGUGUUGGGAAAAGUCCGGAGUGCAGUGGGCAGCGCACAGCUGCUCAUGUCACAGAAGUUCCAGCAGUUCCACGGCCUCUGUGAACAGAACUUGAACCCUAAUGCCAAUCCCAGACCCACAGCCCAGGACCUGGCUGGGUUUUGGGAUCUCCUGCAGCUGUCCAUUGAAGACAUCAGCAUGAAGUUUGAUGAGCUGUACCACCUGAAGGCUAAUAGCUGGCAAUUGGCAGAGACACCGGAGAGAAAGGAAGAGAAAAAACCACCCCCUCCAGUGCCAAAGAAGCCAGCCAAGUCCAAAUCCCAACUGACCCGGGACAAGGCGUCGGACUCGGAGAAGCAGCGGCAGGAGGCGCGGAAGCGGCUGAUGGCGGCCAAGCGCGCGGCCUCCGUCCGGCAGAACUCGGCCACCGAGAGCGCGGACAGCAUCGAGAUCUACGUCCCCGAGGCACAGACCCGGCUGUGAGCCCGGCGCGGAGCGAGGCACAGACCCGGCCGUGAGCCCAGAGCGAAGCACUGCGGGGUUUUUAUAACUCAUUAAAAAAGGAUAAAAAAACACAAAAGGUUCUCUCUAAA